AUGUCAAGCGAGAUUCAAUUCUUCCCUCUCAACACCGGAGCCAAGAUCCCUUCCGUCGGUUUGGGAACUUGGCAGUCUGAGCCCGGUGUUGUCGGUCAAGCCAUUGCUACUGCCAUCAAGAUCGGUUACCGUCACAUUGACGGCUCUCCAAUCUAUGGAAAUGAGAAAGAGAUUGGAUCUAUAUUGAAAAAAUUGUUUGAUGAUGGCGUAGUGAAACGGGAAGAUUUGUUUAUUACCUCGAAACUCUGGAAUACCGAGCAUGAUCCAGAAGAUGUACCUCUAGCACUGGACCGGACUUUGAAAGACUUGCAACUUGAUUAUGUUGAUCUGUAUCUUAUUCAUUGGCCAGUUGCAAUGAAGAAAGAACCAACAAUGGAGAAAGAAUCAGUAGGUUUUAAUUCUGAAAAUAUUUUGCAACCUAACAUUUCCAGCACAGGGAAUGCAUCCACGGAAGGUUCGAAUCCUAAAAAUCUUGUACAACCUAAUCUUGCUGGCACAUGGAGGGCAAUGGAGUUACUCUAUGACUCUGGAAAGGCGCGGGCUAUAGGUGUAAGCAAUUUCUCCGUCAAGAAGUUGGGGGAUUUGUUGGAAGUUGCUCGCAUUCCUCCGGCUGUCAAUCAAGUCGAGUGUCAUCCUGCUUGGAGGCAGGAUAAGUUGAAGGACUUUUGCAAUUCGAAAGGCGUCCACUUCUCUGGAUAUUCACCAUUGGGUUCUCCUGCUUGGCUUAAAACUAGUCUCCUUAACCAUCCAAUUCUGAAUGAGAUUGCGGAGAAACUAGGCAAGACUCCUGCACAGGUAGCUCUCCGUUGGGGGUUGCAAAUGGGUCAUGGUGUGCUUCCCAAGAGUGCAAAUGAAACAAGAAUAAAAGAAAACUUUGAUAUUUUUGAUUGGUCUAUACCUGAAGACUUGUUUGCUAAAUUUUCUGAGAUUGAACAAGAGAGAUUGGUUCGAAUGGACAUAUUUGUUGACGAAACUUAUGGUGGUUACAAAACCGUUGAAGAACUUUGGGAUGGAGAAAUUUAA